UAUGGAAUGUGAUGUUAUAGGAUUAACAGGAGAUUAAGAAAAAAUAAUAUUCCUAUAAAUGUAAUUUCCUAAUAUAAGAAUUAUCAAUUAUAAAUUGUAUGAUUGGGAUAAAUAAAUUAAAAAUAAUAGUGUUGAUUAUUAUUUUGAUAAUUUUGGUGAGUAAAUGCUUGAAAUAAUGAUUAAAAAUUAGAAAGAUUGCGUUAUGUGGAGUUCUUCAAAUUAUAAUGAAAGAUGAUAAGGAUUGAGUAAUAUUAAUUAGAUAAUUUAUAAGUAAUUGAAAUUGAAGGGUAUUACUUUCAAUUAAGAAUUAAAUAAGUAAAUAUUUCUUUUAUACUAGAAUUCAAGCUGCAUUUGGUUAUUUAUUUUAACAAUUUCAAUAAAAAAAAUUGAAAAUCUUUUAAGAAGAAUAUAAUUAAUUAAAUGAUACUCCUAUAACACUUAAACGAUUAUUUUAAGGUAAAAACAUAGGGAAAAUUAUAGUAAAUUUAGAUAAUAAAGCUAAAUUAUGA